GGAGGCUGCCCCCACGGGACAGAGAAAUGGAGGCAAACGACCAUUUUAACUUUACUGGCCUUCCCCCUGCACCUGCUGCCUCAGGACUGAAACCCUCUCCCUCCUCAGGGGAGGGCCUCUACACUAACGGGUCUCCCAUGAACUUCCCCCAGCAAGGGAAAAGUUUGAAUGGGGAUGUGAAUGUUAAUGGCUUAUCUACUGUAUCUCACACUACUACUUCAGGGAUUUUGAACUCUGCUCCCCACUCCUCCAGCACCUCACACCUCCAUCACCCCAGCGUGGCCUAUGACUGUCUCUGGAACUACUCACAGUACCCAUCUGCCAAUCCUGGCAGCAACCUCAAGGACCCACCCCUUCUCUCCCAGUUCUCGGGGGGACAAUACCCACUCAACGGCAUCCUUGGGGGCAGCCGGCAACCUUCAUCCCCAAGUCACAACACUAACCUUCGGGCUGGGAGCCAAGAGUUCUGGGCCAAUGGUACCCAGAGUCCCAUGGGGCUUAACUUCGACUCACAGGAACUGUAUGAUUCCUUUCCUGACCAGAAUUUUGAGGUGAUGCCCAAUGGACCCCCUAGUUUUUUCACCUCCCCGCAGACUUCUCCUAUGUUGGGAUCCAGCAUCCAGACCUUUGCACCCUCCCAGGAAGUAGGCAGUGGUAUCCAUCCUGAUGAGGCGGCAGAAAAGGAGCUGACAUCAGUUGUGGCAGAGAAUGGCACUGGCUUGGUAGGCAGCCUGGAGCUGGAAGAAGAGCAGCCAGAACUGAAGAUGUGUGGCUAUAAUGGCUCUGUCCCUUCUGUGGAAUCAUUACACCAAGAGGUCUCAGUCUUGGUCCCUGACCCCACAGUGAGCUGCUUAGAUGAUCCUUCACAUCUUCCUGAUCAACUGGAAGACACUCCAAUCCUCAGUGAAGUCUCUCUGGAGCCCUUCAACCCUCUGGCACCGGAGCCAGUGAGUGGAGGACUCUAUGGUAUAGAUGACGCGGAGCUGAUGGGUGCAGAGGACAAGCUGCCUCUUGAGGACAGCCCUGUGAUUUCUGCCCUUGAUUGCCCUUCUCUCAAUAACGCCACUGCCUUCAGUCUCCUGGCAGAUGACAGUCAAACUUCAGCUUCUAUCUUUGCCAGCCCCACCUCUCCACCUGUCCUUGGGGAGUCUGUCCUGCAAGAUAACAGCUUUGACCUGAAUAAUGGUAGUGAUGCAGAACAGGAAGAAAUGGAGACUCAGGCUUCAGACUUCCCACCACCUCUGACCCAGCCAGCCUCUGACCAGUCAUCCACUAUUCAGCUCCAUCCAGCAACUUCACCAGCAGUCCCGCCAACAGCCUCCCCGGCAAUCUCCCUGGCAGUUUCGCCAGCAGCCUCCCUGGAAAUCUCUCCAGAAGUCUCCCCAGCGGUUUCGCCAGCAGUCUCCCCGGAAAUUUCCCCAGUCAUCUCCCCAGCAGCUUUCCCAGCUGUCUCUCCAACUUCCUCAGCAGCCCUCCCACCAGUCUCCUCAGAAGUCUCCUUGACAGGCUCCCCAGUGACCUCCCCAAAAGUGUCCCCUGCAGCCUCCCCAGUAGCUGUCCUCCCAACAGCCUCCCCAGCAGAUAAGGAUGUCAGCACCUUCCCUGAAACCACCACUGACCUGGAAGAGAUCACUGGAGAAGGAGUCACUACUUCUGGUAGUGGUGAUGUCCUGAGGAGACGUAUUGCUACCCCAGAAGAAGUUCGUCUUCCCCUCCAACAUGGGUGGCGGAGAGAGGUGCGCAUCAAGAAGGGUAGCCACCGAUGGCAAGGGGAGACGUGGUAUUAUGGCCCCUGUGGGAAGAGGAUGAAACAGUUUCCAGAAGUGAUCAAGUACCUGAGCCGCAACGUGGUACACAAUGUACGCCGUGAGCACUUCAGUUUCAGUCCCCGUAUGCCUGUUGGAGAUUUCUUUGAAGAGAGAGACACGCCAGAGGGCUUGCAGUGGGUACAGCUCUCAGCAGAGGAGAUCCCAUCCAGGAUUCAGGCAAUUACUGGGAAACGGGGCCGACCUCGAAACACUGAGAAGGCCAAGACUAAGGAAGUCCCCAAGGUGAAACGGGGACGAGGUCGGCCACCCAAGGUCAAAAUCGCUGAGCUGCUGAAUAAGACAGAUAACCGCCUCCUAAAGAAACUGGAGGCCCAAGAAGCACUGAAUGAGGAGGAUAAAGCAAAGAUGAAUAAAAUCAAGAAGAAGAUGAAGCAGAAGGUACAACGAGGAGAGUGUCAGCCUACUAUCCAAGGGCAGGCCAGAAACAAGCGGAAACAAGAGACCAAGAGUUUAAAGCAGAAGGAAGCUAAGAAGAAAUCCAAGGCUGAGAAGGAGAAGGUAAAGACAAAGCAGGAAAAACUGAAGGAAAAAGUGAAGAGGGAGAAGAAGGAGAAGGUAAAAAUGAAGGAAAAGGAGGAAGUGGCCAAAGGCAAAUCAGGCUGUAAAGCCGAUAAAACGCUGGCCAUGCAGAGGCGCUUGGAGGAGCGGCAGAGGCAACAGAUGAUCUUGGAAGAGAUGAAGAAGCCCACAGAGGAUAUGUGUCUGACUGAUCACCAGCCCCUACCUGACUUCUCACGCAUCCCUGGUCUGAUCCUGCCCAGUGGGGCCUUCUCAGACUGCUUGACCAUCGUGGAAUUCCUGCACAGCUUCGGCAAGGUGCUGGGCUUUGACCCCGCCAAAGAUGUACCCAGCCUGGGGGUCCUGCAGGAGGGGCUCCUGUGUCAAGGUGACAGCCUGGGUGAGGUGCAAGAUCUGCUGGUGCGGCUCCUGAAGGCUGCGCUCUAUGACCCUGGCCUGCCCUCCUACUGUCAGUCCUUAAAGAUCUUGGGAGAGAAGGUGUCGGAGAUCCCACUGACAAGAGACAAUGUAUCUGAGAUCCUGCGCUGCUUCCUCAUGGCAUAUGGAGUGGAGCCAGCCCUCUGUGACAGCCUGCGCACCCAGCCUUUUCAGGCCCAGCCCCCCCAACAGAAAGCUGCUGUCUUGGCCUUCCUUGUGCAUGAGCUCAAUGGCUCCACCCUCAUCAUCAAUGAGAUCGACAAGACUCUGGAGAGUAUGUCCAGCUACAGGAAAAACAAGUGGAUUGUUGAAGGCCGGCUCCGGAGACUGAAAACUGCUCUGGCCAAACGAACUGGGCGGCCUGAGGUAGAGAUGCAAGGGCCAGAGGAGGGCCUGGGGCGGAGACGCAGUUCUCGCAUCAUGGAGGAGACCAGUGGCAUGGAAGAAGAGGAAGAGGAAGAGACUGUAGUGACUGUCCAUGGCCGUAGGGGGCGAAGAGAUGGAGAGGUUGAUGCCACAGCAUCAAGCAUCCCAGAGCUAGAGCGCCAGAUAGAAAAACUGAGCAAGCGUCAGCUCUUCUUUCGAAAAAAGCUGCUUCACUCAUCCCAGAUGCUUCGGGCCGUCUCCUUGGGUCAGGACCGCUACAGACGCCGCUACUGGGUGCUGCCCUAUUUGGCUGGUAUCUUCGUGGAAGGAACAGAGGAGAGCUUACUUCCUGAGGAUGUGAUAAAGCAGGAAACUGACUCCUUAAAAGUGGCAGCCCAUCCAGCACCCAGCCCAGCCCCCUUCUCCCUGAAGAAGGAGUUAGCUGGCUCCAGCACCUCUGCCAGUACUCCUGCCCGGGCCCGAGGCCGGCCUCGGAAAACUAAGCCUGGGUCUCUACAAUCUAGGCACCUGAAAUCCCCUGGCCGGGGUCAGGGUUCAGAACAGCCCGAUGCCCAGCUUCAGCCCGAGAUUCAGCCCCAUCCUCAGCUUCAGGCUCAGCCCCAGCUCCAGCCCCAACCCCAGCUUCAGCUCCAUCCUCAGCCCCAAAAUGGGUUCCUGGAGCCAGAAGGCUCCCCCUUGUCCUUGGGUCAGAGCCAGCAUGACCUCAGCCAGUCAGCUUUCCUGUCUUGGCUGAGCCAGACUCAGAGCCAUGGCUCCCUGCUGAGCAGCUCAGUCCUCACACCUGACAGCAGCCCUGGAAAACUGGACCCAACCCCAUCACAACCCUUGGAGGAGCCGGAGCCUGAUGAGGCAGAAUCCAUCCCUGAUUCUCAAGCUCCCUGGUUUAACUUCUCAGCCCAAAUGCCAUGCAAUGCUGCCCCUACACCACCCCCAGCAGUUUCUGAGGACCAGCCUACUCUGUCCCCUCAGCAGCCUGCCUCCUCCAAGCCAAUGAAUAGACCCAGUGCGGCCAACCCCUGUUCUCCAGUACAGCUCCCUUCUACCCCCUUGCCUGGGAUGGCCUCUAAGAGACGAACAGGAGACCCUGGGGGCACAUCACAGAGUCUCACAGGGCUAGGACAGCCAAAACGGAGAGGAAGACCCCCCAGUAAGUUCUUCAAACAGAUGGAACAGCGUUAUCUAACCCAGCUGACAGCCCAGCCUGUCCCCCCUGAGAUGUGCUCUGGCUGGUGGUGCAUCCAAGAUCCUGAGACACUGGAUGCUACGCUCAAGGCCCUGCACCCCCGAGGCAUCCGAGAAAAGGCACUUCACAAACACCUCAACAAGCACAGGGACUUCUUACAGGAAGUUUGCCUACGGCCCUCUGCGGACCCCAUCUUUGAGCCUAGUCAGCUACCUGCCUUUCAAGAAGGGAUUAUGAGCUGGUCCCCCAAAGAGAAGACCUAUGAGACAGACCUGGCUGUGCUUCAGUGGGUAGAGGAGCUGGAACAACGGGUUAUCCUGUCUGAUCUGCAGAUUCGGGGCUGGACAUGUCCCAACCCAGACUCUACUCGGGAAGACUUGGCCUACUGUGAGCAUCUGCCUGACUCCCAGGAGGAUAUCACCUGGAGAGGUCGAGGUAGGGAAGGACUGGCACCCCAGCGUAAAACCACCAACCCGCUGGACCUGGCUGUGAUGCGCCUUGCUGCCCUUGAGCAGAAUGUGGAGCGGCGGUAUCUACGGGAGCCCCUCUGGCCAGCUCAUGAGGUUGUACUGGAGAAGGCCUUGCUCAGCACGCCCAGUGGUGCCCCCCAGUGCACCACUACAGAGAUAUCCUAUGAGAUCACCCCUCGCAUCCGGGCCUGGCGCCAGACACUUGAGCGGUGCCGGAGUGCAGCCCAGGUGUGCUUGUGCCUGGGCCAGCUGGAGAGGUCCAUUGCCUGGGAGAAGUCUGUCAACAAAGUGACCUGUCUCGUCUGCCGGAAGGGUGACAACGAUGAGUUUCUUCUGCUUUGUGAUGGAUGUGAUCGUGGCUGCCACAUUUACUGCCAUCGGCCCAAGAUGGAGGCUGUCCCAGAAGGAGAUUGGUUCUGUGCCGUAUGUUUGGCGCAGCAGGUAGAGGGAGGAUUCACUCAGAAGCCUGGUUUCCCAAAACGAGGCCAGAAGCGGAAAAGUAGUUACGAGCUGAACUUCGCGGAGGGUGAUGGCCGCCGACGCCGGGUACUGUCCAGGGGCCGAGAGAGCCCAGCAGUGCCUCGGUACUCAGAAGAAGGGCUGUCCCCUGCCAAGCGGCGACGAUUCUCCAUGCGGAACCACCACAGUGAUCUCACGUUUUGCGAGAUUAUCUUGAUGGAGAUGGAGUCCCAUGACGCAGCUUGGCCAUUCCUGGAGCCCGUGAACCCACGUUUGGUGAGCGGGUAUCGGCGCAUCAUCAAAAACCCUAUGGAUUUUUCCACCAUGCGGGAGCGGCUGCUCCGGGGAGGGUAUACCAGCUCAGAGGAGUUUGCAGCAGAUGCGCUCCUGGUCUUUGACAACUGCCAGACCUUCAACGAGGAUGACUCCGAAGUGGGCAAGGCUGGGCACAUCAUGCGCCGCUUCUUCGAGAGCCGCUGGGAGGAGUUCUAUCAGGGAAAACAGGCCAAUCUGUGAGGCAAGGGAGGUGGGGAGUCACCUCGUGGCAACUCCCCCUGCCCUCCAACAAACAAACCAACCCUGCCAUUCUCACCUGCUGAUGCUGCCCUGGGUCCAGACUCAAGUCAGAGAUCUCAGCCUGAUUUUUGACCUUACCCUUGGCAGCGCCCUACAUCCUCUUACCCCUACCUACACCCCUUUUUCCCUCCCCUCUUCUUGCUCCUCAAAUAAGAGGGGCAGAGAUGAGGUCCUUCUGGACUGAAAGCCAAAAAAAGAAAGAAAGAAAGAAUUUUUCCUUUCUGUUUUAUUUCCUAAUUUAAAAUGAGGAGGAGAGAAGUCCCUGCUUCCUCCUCCCACCUUCUUCUCCUUCCCUGUACGUGCCCCAGCAUUCUGGGGCUAUUUAACAAUAGCAAUAGUUCUAGUGAAUGUGUGAAACCGAAAAACACUCUGUACUGUGUGUGGACCCGCAGUGACGGCCAGUAAAGUGGACUUAACUCCCAAGUGUGUCGAGCCGGACACCGGGCCCUGAACAUGCUGCUUCCAUGUUCAGUCCCUUCCCUGCUUCUCACUUUCUCGAUUUUUCCUUUUCCCUCCUCUCCCUACUUUUAAGAUUUUUCUCUCAUCCAAUAAUGUAAAGCUAUCGUGUACGGGUUCCUCUACCCUUUUCUCUCCCCCCAAAUCUUUUUUCCCCUCAAAGGAAAAAAAAGUUCGGAGGUCCCUGUCUUACUCUCUGUCCUCACCUUCCUGCCAAUAGCUGUCCCCUCUGUAAUGUUGGAUACUCCUCACAUGCUGAGUUUCUAGCCUUUUUUUGAAACUCAGUAGCUGGGGAGAGGGCAGGGAGGCAUCCUGGACCCUGGGCCUUCCAGCCUCCUUCCCCACCUCUUACCCAAACCUCCCUCUUGGGAACUCCUCAGGGACAACUACUGCUGAGUUUGGGCGCACUCCCAAGAUGGAGGCCAGGUAGCAAUCAGCUGGCCUCAGAGAGAGGUGUGUGUGUGUGUGUGUGUCUUUGUGUGUGUGUGUGUGUGUG